AUGCUUUCUCCAUGUUCACAGGCAAAUGUAGCAGCAGAUUGCCAUGUGUGCCCACCUGGUUGGACUCGGUUUGAGCAUCAUUGUUACAUGUUCAACCACGUUGAAAAGGACUGGGCUGAUGCAGAGCAUGCCUGCACUUCCCACGGUGGGAAUCUUGCUUCACUUCCCAACACAAAAGUGUACAACUUCAUCAGAGCUAUCAUUCAUGCAUCAACUGGCAAACAUACAAUAACUUGGGUUGGAGGCUACGACGCAACAAAGGAUGGUGUGUGGCUGUGGAGCGAUGGCAGCAAGUUUGACUUCAAAGGCUGGCAUAGCGGCGAGCCUAACAAUGCUGGUGGUCAUGAGAAUUGCAUGGAGAUCAACUUCAGAGAAAAAGACUUUGUCAACGAUGCAAACUGUGGCUUCAAGAGGUCGUUUAUUUGUGGCAAGAGCCUGUGA